AGGCUUUAAAAAACAACAGCCCCCCCCACACCACCACACACACAAUAAUUGAAUUUAUUAUUAUUGCCGUCUCGCCGACUUGGGGAAAGGGGGAUCGAUCUUCGAUCAGGAAGAUGGCUGCUGGCUGGCUGCUGGUCUUUAGCCUGACACUUUUCCAGUCCCUGGUGAUGAACCACUCCUCGGAGGGACCUUUCCCUUCGGCCACCACGAUAAAAUCAUGGGUAGACAAGAUGCAAGAAGAUCUCGUAACAUUAGCACGAACUGCAAGUGGAGUGGACCAGCUUGCUGCGAUUUAUUUGAAAAACAGAGAUUUGUAUACUGUAGAAGCCAACAACCCUCGUCAGCUAGUGGAAAUUGCAGCCAGAGACAUAGAAAAACUUUUGAGUAACAGGUCUAAAGCCUUGGUGCGCCUCGCUAAAGAAGCAGAGAAGUACCAAGCAUCACAUCAGUGGAGGGAUGAGUUUGGGAAUAAUGAUAUAAUCUAUUACAAUGCAAAAGAUGAUCAGAACGAUCCUGAAAAGAACGACACUGAAUCUGGCAGCCAGAGAAUCAGGCCAGUAUUUGAAGAAGAUCCUGUUUUCCGACGGCAAACUUCUUACCAACAUGCAGCAGUCCACAUACCAACAGAUAUUUAUGAAGGCUCAACGAUAGUGUUAAAUGAACUCAACUGGACUGCAGCAUUGGAUGAUGUAUUCAAGCGGAACAGAGAAGAAGACCCUACUUUAUUAUGGCAGGUUUUUGGCAGUGCAACUGGCCUCGCUAGGUAUUACCCAGCAUCCCCAUGGGUAGAUAAAAGUCGAACUCCAAACAAAAUAGAUCUGUAUGAUGUUCGCAGAAGACCGUGGUAUAUCCAAGGAGCUGCAUCUCCCAAAGACAUGCUUAUUUUAGUUGAUGCGAGUGGGAGUGUCAGUGGAUUGACACUGAAACUGAUCCGCACCUCGGUCAUUGAGAUGUUGGAGACUUUGUCUGACGAUGACUUUGUGAAUGUAGUUUCAUUUAACAAUAACGCUCAGAACGUCAGUUGCUUUAAUCAUCUUGUCCAAGCUAAUGUGAGGAACAAGAAGAAGUUGAAAGAAGCUGUCUACAAAAUCUCUGCUAAAGGAAUUACAGAUUACAAAAAAGGCUUUAGCUAUGCUUUUGAACAGCUGCUAAAUCACAGUGUCUCUAGAGCUAACUGCAAUAAGAUUAUUAUGUUGUUUACGGAUGGUGGUGAAGAAAGAGCACAGGAAAUUUUCCAUAAAUAUAAUGAAGACAAAAAAGUACGUGUGUUCACAUUUUCUGUUGGUCAGCAUAAUUACGACAAAGGACCUAUACAGUGGAUGGCCUGUGAAAAUAAAGGUUAUUAUUAUGAAAUUCCAUCCAUUGGAGCCAUAAGAAUAAACACCCAGGAAUAUCUGGAUGUUUUGGGAAGACCAAUGGUUUUAGCUGGAGAAAAAGCCAAACAAGUCCAAUGGACAAAUGUCUACCUGGAUGCUUUGGAGCUGGGCCUUGUGAUUACAGGAACUCUGCCUGUCUUCAAUCUAACAAAGGAACAAAAUGGGAAAAUAAAUCAGCUGAUUCUUGGAGUAAUGGGGGUUGACGUCUCUUUGGAGGACAUAAAAAAACUGACACCCCGAUUUACGCUUUGUCCAAACGGAUACUAUUUUGCUAUUGAUCCUAAUGGGUAUGUGCUACUUCAUCCAAAUCUCCAACCAAAGAAUCCUAAAUCCCAGGAGCCUGUUACGUUGGAUUUUCUAGAUGCUGAAUUGGAAAAUGAUAUUAAAGUUGAGAUCAGGAAAAAAAUGAUAGAUGGAGAAAGUGGAGAAAAAACAUUUGAAACACUGGUCAAGUCUCAGGAUGAGAGAUAUAUAGAUAAAGGAAACAGAACAUAUACAUGGACUGCUGUGAACGGCACUGAUUACAGUUUGGCAUUGGUGUUACCAUCAUACAGCUUUUAUUAUAUUAAAGCCAAAAUAGAAGAACCAAUAACUCAAGCCAGAUAUUCAGAAACACUCAAGAUUGAUCAUUUUGAUGAAGCUGGCUAUACGUUUAUAGCACCAAGAGAAUACUGUAAUGAUGUAAAAAAAUCAGAUAACAACACUGAAUUCCUAUUAAAUUUCAAUGAAUUUAUUGACAGAAAUACUCCAAGCAGUUCAUCAUGUAAUACUGAUAUGGUCAUUAGAGUUUUGCUGGAUGCAGGAUUUACAAAUGAACUUGCCCAAAAUUAUUGGAGUAAACUGUCUCUUGAUGGAGUUGUUGCACAAUUUGUUGUUACAGAUGGUGGAAUUACCAGAGUGUUCCCAAAAAGGGCAGGAGAAGAUUGGCUGGAAAAUGCUGAAACUUAUGAAGUCAGCUUCUAUAAACGGAGUUUAGAUAAUGACAACUAUAUAUUCACAGCUCCAUACUACAACAAAAGUGGUGCCAAUAGCUAUGAAACAGGUAUUAUGGUAAGCAAGGCUGUGGAAAUAACAAUUAAUGGGAAGCUUUUGAAACCAGCAGUUGUUGGAAUAAAAAUUGACGCAAACAGCUGGAUGGAAAAUUUCACAAAAACCACAAUCAAAAGCCUGUGCAACAGUGAAAUCUGUGGCUGUGAGAGAAACAGCAUGCAUGUGGACUGUGUUAUCCUUGACGAUGGUGGAUUUCUUUUGAUGUCAAAUCGGGAUGAAUAUACACAACAGAUUGGAAGAUUCUUUGGUGAAAUUGAUCCUGGCCUGAUGCGAAACCUGAUUAACAUGUCCCUGUAUGCCUUUAACAAGUCGUACGACUAUCAGUCGGUCUGCGAUCCUGAAGAAGAACCAAAGCAAGGAGCUGGACUUCGAUCUGCUUAUGUGCCUACAAUAACAGAUAUUUUGCAUCUAGGAUGGUGGGCUUCGGCAGCUGCCUGGUCUAUCUUACAGCAGCUGUUUUUGAGCUUGACUUUUCCACGUUUCCUUGAGGCAGCUGACAUGGAAGAUGAUGAUUUCGGUGCUGCCCUACCUAAAACAAGCUGUAUCACUGAGCAAACUCAGUAUUUCUUUGAAAACGAUGAUAAAUCUUUCAGUGGGAUUGUAGACUGUAUAAACUGCUCCAGACUUUAUCAUGCAGAGAAGAUUUCAAACACCAAUCUAGUAUUCAUCAUUAGUGACAGCCAACUGCUGUGCCGCUCCUGUGACCCAAAGCCACUGAUGCAAGCGGAGAAGCCGGAUGAAGGGCCAAAUCCUUGUGAAAUGGUCAAACAACCGAGAUACAGAAAAGGUCCUGAUGUUUGCUUUGAUGAAGCCAAACAGGAAGAUUCGGCUGACUGCGGUGGUGUCUCUGGUCUGAGUCCAUCACUGUGGUCUAUGGUAGGAAUUCAGUUGGUCCUGCUUUGGCUGUUAUCUGGCAGCAGACACUGCCAGUUAUGACCUUGCUAAACCAAAACCUGCGUAACUUAAUCAAGACCCGGCCAAAACGAUAGCCUCAGUUUCAUUUUAAAAAGGGUCAGCUACUCAGACAGCAGCAGAAGAGCAGUGCUCGUGUCUGGUUAUCACUCGUUGUGAGACUCAUAAAGGCACCCACGGUGGCUGCAUGUUGGAGUGUUGAAUACUUAAACGUGUGUGAAUGCUGCAUCAUCUAUGCCAUCCAAACAGAAUUCUGUACGUGCUCCAUUGGGGAAUCUAAGAUUAUUUUUUUUUGUUUGUUUGUUGUUGUAAUCUUGAUGACUUCAUGUAAAAGGGCUCCCCUGACAAUAGCUUAUGUAUAUGACUUUCAUUUCUUUUAAGCUUUGGAUAUCUUGAAGAUUUAUAUUCUUUUACAUGAACUGUUAUUUAAAA